UCUCAGAGCGAGGAGGAGGAGGCGACAGGAGCGAUAGAGAUGGGGCGCACGGACAGGAGACAGUGGCUCGGACCAUCGGCGGUCAGUUGUUGCGCCUCCGCAGUCGUUGUGUUGUCACAUGAAUUUUGCAGUGCAGCAAUCUCUCGCGUGGUUUGAUGCAGAUCUGUCGAUGUAUUGAGAUUGAGGAUCGCAACAGCGAGAAGAGCGAAGAAGUGGAGGCUGCCUUUUCUAUAUGGUUCCUGUCAAAGUCUGAUCGUGUCACCCUCCCACAGAAUGAAGUGAUGUCGAUCUCGGACUCUCAGCAUUCGCGCAUGCGCUCUGACAGCGAGCUUACGUACGUUUUUCGGGCACUCGGAUCAAUCAAACAUUACGGUACUUCAGCGUUAGCUUAUGUGAACAUGACAGGGAAUCGGAUACCACGUGCUGUGUCUGAGAGCUGACUGAAUUCCCAUCGAGAGAGCGAUCGGAUCUACGGAGUGACCGUGUACAGAACUGCGAUCAAGUCUGCCGUAGACACAACUGGACUCUGGACAAAUCUGAUUCGAGUGGAAAGUGAGCGAAGAUGGAAGUAGCAGUGGCGGCCGUGACCAUUAUCGGACAACUGGAGACUAUCUACAUGAUUAUUGACAAAAUAGUUCAAUAUCAGCAGAUGGUCUGCAGAUACAAAGAUACGUGUCGAGAUUUUGUCAACUUCGUCAAGGAAAUUGAAACUGUUUUGAGAAACAAAGCGUCCAAUUUGAAACUGGAUCAGGAGAGAAAGUUUAGUAAUGACGUGAAGAGGCAGCUGGACAACCUGGAGGAGCACCUGCGAUGUGCGGCGGCCUUAUUAAGCGAUCUGGAGUCCCCUCUCAGAAUAGCAGCUUACACAGGAGUGGCUGCAAAUAAAAUAAGUGAACUCCGAGGACAACUCAUGGAGGCGGUCACGCUCUUAACAUUCCACAUCGUGUGCUCUCCUUCUGAGAAACAGCCGGAGCAUCUUCAGUGUCCUCCUGACGACACGCAUCCACUUUCUCAAGUCCAUCACAUUCCGAGAAUUUUCAAGCAGGAGAUUCAUCACCAUGUGGAGCCACGCGUCGAAGCCAGGACUUCAUACCAAAAACCCUCACACCAAGAGGUCCACGUUUCCUACCACCACAUUGCCCCUCAUGACAGUCCUCAUGCUCACGACCGUCCGAAAGGUCGCGUGAGAGGCAGCCGUGAAUGUCACUGUCCUCAUUGUGAAACUCACCACUCCGCAGGCAUUGCUGAAUCUGCUUCUCCCAGGCUUCACGGGAACGAGCAUGCUCCUGGCCAUAGCCAACAGCAUUGUGUUCACUCCCCUCCUCAGCGUUCGAAAAGCCUUUCCAAGCUUCCUUCAGCUGCUCCACCUCUUUAUGCCAAACGCCACUCACAUAUCGUCGCUCAUCCCCAUAUUCUGGAUUUCCACCAUGCUCUGGAAUUCCACCAUGCUGAAAAUGGUGCUAAAAUCUCCUCAGGUCCUCAUGCUGAUUCCCAUCCUCCGUCUCGGGGUUCCACUUCCCGUUCUAGAAGCAGUUCUAAAAUGGGUUCCCCCAGUCAUUCUGACAGUCACCACUCUCGAAGUCCCACUCACCAUCAUCAAUUUGAGCUUCUGAAUUCCAGAGGCAGUUUCAAUGCGUCUUCUUCCCCAAGUGCUGCUGCUGCUGCUGCUGAAUGUCGUAACUCUUCGAGCCCUGCCCACCACCGUCACCACCAUCAUUCUGAUAGGCAGCUUUCCAGAAGCAGUUCCAAGAUGGACUCUCCAUUCCAUCCUGACAGUCACCACCAUCAACCUGAUGCUGCUCUGCAUCCACGAAGCAGUUCCAGGAAGACUUCCCCAAGUCAUCCUGAUGCCCACACUGAUUCCAGACGCAUUUCGAAGUUGGCGUCCUUUAGCCAUGCCGAGAAUCAGCCGCAUCAGCAUGAUUCUCAUCCUCGAGGAAUCAGCUCUAAGGUGGCGGAAAAUAUUCACUCCUCGAUCGAUCCUCUCUUGACUGAGAAAAUUCUUCACCGACCUCUCUGUCCUCACCACAAUCUUGCCGAAGAGUGUGCUCAGAAGAGCAGCAGCCAUUUGAAGAGCGCUCCGAUUCCUGCGGCUGCAAUCGACCAUCUCCAUCAUUCUUCCGCUUCUUCUCACCAACACCAACACCACCAACGGAAAGCUCUUCCCCAUCAACAUCAACGUCAACAUCAACACCAACACCAACACCAACAUCAGCAGUUCUCGCCUUCGCCAUCUCAAUCGACGAGCGUGGGCAGGUCUGAGUCGCAGGCCUUUCUGUUCGCCAUCGGUCCCUAUGGCUAAGAGCUCUCACUGACAGAGGGGAGUUGCCAUGGUCUGUCCCUCGGUUGCCAACUCUGUCGAGGCAGAGAAGGACGAUUCAGACGCCUCCGAUGAGGACUUUCGUCUCGGAAGUGGCAGCACGAGGAAGGUUGCGGGCGACUUGAGGAAAGCAGGCUCCCAUAGCUCGAAAUCAUCAUGGUCCUGGAUCGGAUCAAUCAAUCCUCUCUGCUGCCGCGCUUGUGUUGAACGAUUAUUACAAGCUACUGUUGGUCAAAUCUGCUGCAUAUCCUAUCCUCGUGCAACAUGGUUCUUGGAAACCAUGCGCAUCCUCUUGCACGUAUCAGCUGUUUCCAUCGUCAUCAUGGAGAUUGAAAGAGAGAGAGAGACUUGCAGAGCAGAAGAGGGUCGUCCUUGUUCCCAGUGCUUUCUUUGGAGUCCCACCAAAUCGAAGCAGCCCCGAGAGCAGAAAGUUUAAGCCCUCUUAAUCUGAGCUGCCCUGCAGCCAUCUCUUAAUGGAAGAGUCCCGGCCGCCAUCGUUACAUAUUUUACAAUAGCACGAGGGCUCAUGAACGGAACACUGAGCCCCAGUUUACAUUCUACACCUCUUCCUCAGGUAGAGUCUUCUUAGUGCAGGCACCGAUUCCGACUUCGAUCCGAUUUCCGGCUCUGAGUUGGUUCUCGGUCCACCAUGUUUGUCGUGUCGCUGAGCAGCAGCACACCUGCUGUGAAUUUCGACUAGUUAAAUCUGGACCCCCUCGGUCCACCAUUUAGUAUCGUGUCCUCGGCCAGAAGAGUCAUGUGAUCACGCUCUGAAAUUCUGAAACUGAAAUCAAUAGAAAAUGUUCUC